AUGGCCGCCGUGACGCAGAAUACGCCCCCGCAGGCCCCCCCUCUGUUCAACCACACGCCCGAGUCCAUCACCAAGGUCACCGACGACCUCGUUGCGCGCGCCAAGGCUGUCAUUGAUAAGGUUGUUGCCGAGACGACUGUCGAGAAUGCCACGUUCGAAAACACGCUUAAGCCUAUCCUCCUCGAGGACAAUGUGAGUGAUACCAUCGGCGGUGUGGUUGGCUUCUACCACUACGUCAGCACCGAUGCCGCCCUCCGCGAAGCCUCGGUCCAGGCGGAACAAAAAAUGUCGGAGCUGAGCAUCGAGCUACGCAUGCGUGAGGAUAUCUUCCAGCGCGUCAACACAAUCUACCAGAACCGAGACGCUGCGGGUCUGGAUCCCGAGGCCAGGCACAUUGUGGAACUGGAGCAUAAGCGGUACAGCAACGCCGGUCUCUUGCUGCCAACCGGUCCGAAGCGGGAUCGCUUCAAGGAGAUUCAGCUGGAGCUCACACGUUUGUUGAUUGAGGCCCGGAACAAUGCCAACAGCGAAACGGGCGGCAUCUUCUUUACCCCCGAGGAGCUUGCCGGUGUGCCGGAGUCGGCGCUCAACAUCUCUGAGCUCGAAAAGGGCACGGGCGAGAAUGAGGGCAAAGUAAAGGUCGGAUUCAAGCCUAAUAUUAGCGUUCCGCUCAUGGAGCAUGCCGCUCGGCCAGAGACCCGUCGCGACUACUUGAUUGCCAAGGAAAACAAGCUCAACAUCAACACUCCUCUCUUUCAAAAAAUUCUUCUCUUGCGAGACGAGGCUGCGAGACUUGUUGGCUACAAGGACCACGCUUCGCUUAGAAUAUCAGAGAAGAUGGCCAAAACCUCGGAAAAUGUCAACACGUUUCUAGCAGACAUGCAAGUCCGUGCCGGAGCCGGUCUGAAGAAUGACGUUGCUCAGCUUCUCAAGCACAAGAAAGCCGAUUUCGAAGCCCGCAGCCUUGAAUACGACGGUGAAUUAUACCUCUGGGACGUCAAUUACUACGAGCGCAUCCAAAAAGAAAAAGAGUAUAGCGUGGACGAGCAGGCUAUUUCGGAAUACUUUGCCCUCUGGCCCACCUUUAACGGCAUGCUCAACAUCUUCCAGAAGCUCUUUGGCCUACGCUUCGAGGAGCUCGAUGAGGAGGCCCGCGCGAGGGUGAGCCCGACCGGCAACGCCAAAGACAUCAUCUGGCACGAAGACGUCAACCUGUACGCCGUUUGGGAGGCCGACUCUACCUUUAUGGGCUACCUCUACCUUGACAUGCACCCGCGCGACCACAAGUACAGCCACUACGCCAACUUUGGCAUCGGCCCGGGCUCGACCAUCAACAGCGACGGACGCCACCACCCAUUCACCGCGCUCGUGUGCAACUUUCCCAAGCCGAACAAGGACAAGCCUGCGCUGCUGCAGCACGGCGACGUGGUGACGCUGUUCCACGAGCUGGGCCACGGCAUCCACAACCUCGUCUCCAAGACGGGCUACACCGCCACGCACGGCACGCACGUCUCGCGCGACUUUGUCGAGGCGCCCUCACAGAUGCUCGAGCACUGGUGCUGGGUGCCCAGCGUCCUCAAGACGCUGUCAUCGCGCUGGGACACCAAGGAGCCCAUCUCGGACGAGCUCAUCGCGAACCUCAUCAAGACCAAGAAUGUCAACAGAUCCGUAUUUUACCUGCGUCAGCUUGUAUACAGCACCUAUGAUAUGGUGAUUCACGGGCCCGAAUCCCACGAGGCUCUUGGUGCCUUGGAUCUGACCAAGGUGUGGAAUGAGCGUCGAGCAGAGGUGUCGGGCAUCAAGGGACCCGAGUCCACCGGAUACGGCGUACACUGGGGCCAAGGCUUCAACAAUGUUGGCCACUACAUUGGCGGCUACGACGCUGGAUAUUAUGGCUACAUGUACUCCGAGGUCUUUUCGGCCGACAUGUACUACUCUGCCUUCAAGGACGACCCGCUCAACGCGGAGCAGGGCCGCCGCUACCGCCACAUUGUCCUCGAGCGAGGUGGGAGUCGGCCGGAGAUGGAGCUGCUCAAGGAGUUUCUGGGCAGGGAACCCAAUUCGGAUGCCUUUUUCGAAGAUCUGGGCCUGGCAUGA